AGAAAGUCCAUUUGACUGCGCCUAAUGCCUGGUUUUUCUCCCAGGUGAUAAUCAGGGUUGACUGAGGUCGAAUAGUGCAGAAAAAAACAAAAGGGACAGACAGAACAUAUGCUUAUCAUGAGCUGUACAGUUUUUGGACUUUGAGCAAUACCCUUGAAUCUCCUUGCCAUAGAUGACAGAAAAGUUGAAAAACCCUUUUGAGUUUGGAGUUAUCCAGACUCCUACUCUUAAAAGUUUGGUUUAUCCUCGACAAAAGACAUCAUCUGGCAUCUUCUUUAAUCAAAUUAUAUCUUAGUUCUCAUCGAGCCAAUCAUCUUCUCCCUGUCUACAUAACUGUUCUUUUCUUGCUCUCUUGUUUUAAUAACCCUCCUUAUAAGGGAGAAGACGUAGUCCAUGCAUCAUUACUUGUACGGUGGCAUUGACAGUGUGUAAUCACCUUAAUUAUUCCAACAAUGGGUUCAAGUCGCUCCGAUGUAUCCAACAAAGAAAGAUUGCGCUGGACGCAAGAACUGCACGAUCGGUUCGAGGAGGCUGUUAAUCAACUUGGUGGUCCUGAUAGAGCAACACCAAAGGGUGUCUUGAGGGCUAUGGGCAUCUCUGGGUUGACUAUCUAUCAUGUCAAGAGCCAUUUGCAGAAAUACAGAAUAUCGAAGUUUAUCCCAGAAACCAACAGAGGGAAGUAUGAAAGGAGAAAUAUUUCAGAAAUGUUGCCAAAUUUCAGUGCGACAUCUGGAGCUCAGCUCAAUGAAGCAUUACUGAUGCAAAUGGAGGUUCAAAAGCGACUGAGCGAUCAACUUGAGGUUCAAAAGAGCUUGAAGAUUAAGAUUGAAGCCCAAGGGAGAUUCCUUGAGAGAAUCGUGGAGGAAAACAGAAACCGAAGUGCGUCCAUUAAUCCAAUCCCAAUACAUAGCAAGACUUUCUCUCCAGUGUCACAGCCGUCUCUUUGUGAUGAAUCAGAAUCAAAUGCUAAAGAAUUUGAAACUGAUUCGGAGGGUGAGAAAGCUGAAAUACAGCCCGAAGAAUACCUUCAAGCUCCUAAGAGAUUGAGGACAGAAAACCACGCUUUACCUUCGCGGUAUCAACUCCAACCUCUCAAUCCUGAUCCUUACAAUCAAAACAUGGUUCUUCAAAGAGAUGCAAAAUUUUCAUAUCCAUCUCACGAUGCCAACUUCCCAUGGAACAUCUUGGCCACCUGUCCAUCAUCUCUAGUGCCCAGUUUUUUCUAAAGUUAAUAACAUGUUGUAUUGUUGUGGUUGCAUGAAAUAAAAGGAAUGGAAGCACCAUUAAUUAACCAUCGGAUGAUUUCACUGUUAUUCAGAAAACUUCAGUGGAUAUCUUACUUUGAAGAUUAAGAAGGCAACCAAUACAUUUCUGGUGAUGAUAUAUAGCUGUGUAGAAAUAAGAACAUCCACAUAUAUAGCAUUUAGUGGAUGCCUGUUUGAUUAUAUAUGAAAGGCGAUCUAUCUUUUGCCC